AUGACUGUUGCAUCUGAGACAAUGAUCCCAGAGAGGCAUACCUUUUAUGCCGGGAAACCACAACCAUCAUCGACGGCUUCAGCGACAUUCCAAGCUAUUGACCCUUCGACGGCGAAAUCUGUAUGUACGAUUCACGCAUCCUCCCAAUCAUCAAUUGAUGCUGCAAUCUCCGCUGCCCGCUCCGCAUUUCCCACUUGGUCCAGUACGCCGCCAAUCGAACGGUCACGGAUCCUCCUAAAGGCGGUCUCAUUACUUCGAGCCCGAAACGAUGAGCUCGCCAAAAUUGAGACUCUCGACACCGGCAAGGCGUUUUCAGAAACAUCGACAGUCGACAUCGUCACGGGCGCUGAUGUCCUCGAAUAUUUUGCCAACUUGAUCGCGUCAGGUGGUCUCAAUGGUGAAUCAUUCCGACUGAGAGACUCUGCCUGGGUCUACACUUCUAAGGAGCCUCUCGGAGUGUGUGCAGGCAUCGGCGCAUGGAACUAUCCCAUCCAGAUUGCGUUAUGGAAGUCCGCUCCCUGUCUCGCCGCCGGUAACACGAUGGUAUACAAGCCAUCGGAAGUGACUCCUCUCCACGCACAAUUUCUAGCCCAGAUCUACAAAGAGGCUGGCGUGCCAGAUGGGACUUUCAACGUGGUCUACGGCGCAGGUGACGUGGGUGGAUAUCUCACCAAGCACCCUGGGAUCGCAAAGGUCAGUUUCACGGGCCAGGUGUCCACAGGAAGAAAAGUCGCGGGCUCUGCUGCCGGCGAGAUGAAAUACGUGACGAUGGAGCUGGGAGGCAAGAGUCCCGUCAUCAUCCUGCCCGACGUCGACAUCGACCAGGCUGUGGAUGGAGCUCUGAUGGCCAAUUUCUUCAGCUCAGGCCAAGUCUGCACCAACGGAACCCGAGUCUUCGUCCCCAAGUCACUCAAACCCGCAUUCGAGAGCAAGCUGCUCGAGAAGAUGCAGUACGUCAAAGCCGGCGAUCUCGCCGACCCAACCACCAACUUCGGGCCACUGGUGAGCAAAGCCCACUACGAGAAAGUCCUGGGCUACAUCCGGCACGGCAUUUCCAAGGACAAGGCCAAACUGCUGUACGGCGGGCCUGAGAAGCCGGACAACUUGCCUGCAGGCCUUAAGAACGGAUACUGGGUGAAGCCGACGAUCUUCACCGACUGCACGGACGACAUGGCGAUCGUGAAGGAGGAGAUCUUCGGACCCGUCAUGUCGAUCCUGACAUAUAGCUCGGUCGACGAGGUGGUGCAGCGUGCGAACAAUACUGAGCUGGGUCUCGCUGCCGGCGUCUUUGGGAGGGAUAUCAAUGCGUGUCACCGCGUCAUCAAGCAGCUCGAGGCGGGUAUUACCUGGGUCAACACGUGGGGCGAGAGUCCUGCGGAAAUGGCUGUUGGUGGGUGGAAGCAGAGCGGUGUUGGUGUUGAGAAUGGAAGGAGAGGAAUCGAGGCUUGGCUCCGUAACAAGAGCACGCUGGUCGAGAUGGGCGGUGCCGUUCCUACUGUCUUUGCAAAGUUGUGA